UCCAGAAAGAUUUUCUGAUAGGACCUCCAUGUCUAUCGACUUGACUCUCGACCGGAUAAGAAAUCUUUCUCAUCAUUUGCCGCCUUACACUCGACCCACAAUUCAUGUUGCAGGAACGAAUGGAAAGGGUAGCGUGGCAGCAUUCGUUUCCUCGAUUUUGAGCGCUUCUGAUCCUCCGUCAUCCGUCGGCCGUUUCAAUAGCCCCCAUCUAGUCUCUGUGCAUGAUUCUAUCGUCAUCGGUGGCAGGAAAAUUACCCCAGAGGUAUAUUCGGCCGCCAGUACACUGGUGGAAGCCACCUCCAAGGAGUAUGAUUUGCCCAUCAGCAGCUUUGAAAAGCUCACCUUAACGGCGCUCAUCAUUUUUGAGCAGGCGAGAGUCGACUUUGUGGUCCUAGAAGUGGGAAUGGGAGGCCGUCUGGAUGCUACCAAUAUCAUCCCUGACGAGUCUAUACUUCUAUCGGCCUUGGCUGCUGUUGAUUUGGAUCAUCAGGCUUUUCUGGGAACUACCAUUGCUGCUAUCGCCAAUGAGAAAGCGGCUAUUGCCAGGAAGGGCAAGCCUUUUGUUUUGGGAUAUCAGGCACACGAUGAAGUUGAAAGGGUAGCCAGGGAGGUGGUAGCUUCUGUCGAUGGGAUUGUCUUCGGUGCCCUCCCAGUAUCUGUUCGUCCAUGGAAUGCGUCUGCAGAUGGACCAGAACCACCUUCCUUUUCAAUUUCGCCAGCAUGGCAUUCGCCUCCUCCCUUACCUGUGCGGGCUUAUAUUCCUGCCCUCUCGCAAGAUAUUCUUGCUCGCCUACCUCUUCACGGUGACCACCAACUCCAAAAUCUAGGGUUGGCCCUGGGAGUUGUGGAUACUCUCAUCUCUCAGCAUCUAAUUCCUCCAGAUCGUCUUACCCCAGCAACCAUCGCUGAAGGUAUCAAACAGACAAAAUGGCCGGGGAGACUUUCUUUCCAUUCUGUCAAUCUUGAUGGGCAAGAGCUACCAGUACUGGUAGAUGGGGCGCAUAAUCCUGCGUCUUCCGAAUCUCUAGCUAGGUACUUGACAUAUCUCGUCUCUUCGUUGAAGUCCACGGAGCAAUGCAUCGCCAUCACUUACAUACUGGCCCUUUCUCAUUCUCCCCCCAAAAGACCUCGAGAAACUCUGGCUCCUUUGUUCAGCAUUGCCGGUCCCCUUCGCUUUCGGGUGGCUGUUGUAUCAUUUUCACCACCAGAAGGCAUGCCUUGGGUAAAGAUGGAAGACUCCUUGGUGAUGAAAGAGACUGUACGGAGUCUUUCUCCAGAUGUGGUGAUAUGCGAAGGAGACCGCGGCUUACUUGAUGCGCUGAAAUGGGCAAACGAGUUGAGUGGCAAUGGUUUGAUUGUUUUGGCCGGGAGUUUGUAUCUCGUAGCUGAUUUUUACCGGCUCUUCAAGAAGAUUUAAGUAGCAGGAUUCAAAUAUUCAUGUGUAAUAUUACUGUCGAAAUUAAAUAAUUUGGCGCCC